AAACAGCAAAAACAAGACUUUUGUAUUCUUUCAAAAAGAGAAAAAAAGAAAAAUGGGGAUCGUAGCAUUCAACUGGACAGAGAAAUCCAAUGGCAAGUGGUGGUCCAGGUCCUCCAAGAACGACGACAAUGAGAUGACGCUUGUGAUGAACAGAGACAAUUGGGGAAACAGGGUCAUAACUAAGGCGUCGUGGGAUAAGAAAGACCGUAUUUUGUGUGGUCGGUGUGAAGAUAACAGCGGAAUAAAAGAUAACGACGUCGGAACGUGGUUAGCUAUUUCUCGACGAGGCCGAGUCGCGUUUCUCAUGAGUGGAACUUUGUUGACAGACGACGUUGUUCCAUUAUACGGCUGCGAGAAGUACCCCACUGAAUUCUUGGAGAGCGAUAUGAGUCCUCGGGAGUUUGCCGAACAUAUAGUACGGCGUGACGGGGAUAAACAAAAUACGUGGUCCUAUAGCCUUAUAGUCGCAGACAUGGUUUCGGGACUCAUGGUUCAUAUCAGGAAACCUGAUCCGAAUAAGCCGGAUGUCAUGAUAGAAGACGUUCGGUUUGGUGUGCACACACUUUCUCCUCACGAAGGUCUGGAUUCCACACACCCUAAGGAUAUGCACCUGAAACACCGUUUUACUCAGAUGAUUAAGGGUUUGGGAGACGAUCCAUUAAAAAAGUUAAAAGAGUUUGCUGAGGGCUUUAUGGCUAGUCCUGUAGGAGAAGGUGAUCAAGAACCGGUGUUUGUUGACAAAAUGCUUAACCAUCCUGAUAUACAACGUGGGCUUGGAAAGCAACGCUAUGGAACAACAAGUACGACAGCAUUGCUGGUGAAACACACUAGGGAAGUGAUGUUCUUUGAGAGGUUCAGGAAGGAGGAUGGUGUAUGGGACACGCACAACAUCGGUUUCAACUUUCAACUUUGAGCAGCGAGAGUAACAAAGAAACAUUCUUUGGAUCAUAUCAUUAUCUAUAUAAUUAAUAAAUAAUCUUGUUGAUAUUGUAAAUAAACAUAUACACAUCUCUUCUCU